CAAAGACUCGACCAGGAACCCAAUCGCGGAAGUGAUCUGACAGCUUCUCCAUGGCACGCGUCUAGCUCGAACAGUAUAUGGAUUAUUGGGAUGAUUUUCAAGACAAAGCGAUCUGCGUAAGGGCUUUGCUGCCAGCUCGGUAAGCUAGCCACGCCAGCCGACCUGCCCGUCCGCCAGAAUGUUUCAGAAGACGUCAUUCACCACCCUGAUCGUCGGAGUGUUUGUAGUCUACGUGUUGCACACAUGUUGGGUAAUGUACGGUAUCGUUUACACUAAACCUUGCGACAACCCGCGAGGAGAAAACUGCAUCCUUCCGUUCCUUGCAGAGAAGCCUCGCCUCCAGUUGAGCAUCUACACGUCUCUGCGCCCCAACGCAGACGGGGGCCACAACCUCAUAUUGAAGGCGGACGACUUCGAUGUCAGCGCCAAGUUUGAAAGGAUAGUGAAUGUAACCCUUCCUAAGAAGACCAGGAACAAUGGGACCCUGUAUGCUCUGGUGUUCCUCCACAAGCCGGGUGUGUCUCCGUGGCAGGACCCCAGACAGGUGCACUUUGUGGCCCAGCUCACCACCUACAUGCUGCCCAAGCCUGCGGAGGUCAGCCUCAUCUCAGGAGACGAGCAGGUGGAGCAGCAGAACCAGAAGCCCCCUAUCAUUGACCCCGCCUCAGACCUUCCUGUUUCUCACUGGCGCUCCCGCCUCACCCUCAACGUGGUCGAUGACCACUUCCUGUUCGACAAGGAGUCCCUCCCCAGUGACGUGCACCGCUACCUCAGAGUGUUUCAGAGUGGUCGCAGAAUGGUCUACCUGCCCCUGCUGUUUGUGGAUGAGCUGAGCAACAGAGUGAAAGACCUUGUGGAGAUCAAUGGCAGCAGUGUGGAGUUGCCCCUCACUGUGGCGUACGACACCAUCUCUCUGGGAAGACUGAGGUUCUGGAUACACAUGCAGGAUGCUGUCUACUCUCUACAGCAGUUUGGGUUCACAGAGAAGGAUGCAGAUGAGAUUAAAGGCAUCUUCGUAGACACAAAUCUCUACUUCCUCGCUCUCACCUUCUUUGUAGCAGCCUUCCAUCUCCUGUUUGACUUCCUGGCGUUUAAGAACGACAUCAGCUUCUGGAAGCAAAAGAAGAGCAUGGUGGGCAUGUCCAGCAAGGCAGUGCUGUGGAGGUGCUUCAGCACCAUAGUGAUUUUCUUCUACCUGUUUGAUGAACAGACCAGUCUACUGGUGCUCAUCCCUGCUGGAGUAGGGUCCAUGAUAGAGGUGUGGAAGGUGAAGAAAGCGCUCAAGAUCCAGGUGUUUUGGAAAGGACUGAAACCCUCCUUUCUGUUUGGGAAACUGGACGAAUCAGAGAGAAGGACUGAGGAAUAUGAUACUCUGGCCAUGCGAUACCUGUCCUACCUGCUCUACCCCCUCUGUAUUGGAGGGGCAGUUUACGCCCUGGUCUUCCUCAGAUACAAGAGCUGGUGUUCUUGGCUAAUCAACAGUUUAGUCAACGGUGUGUAUGCAUUCGGGUUCCUGUUUAUGCUACCUCAGCUGUUCGUCAACUACAAGUUGAAGUCUGUGGCUCACCUUCCCUGGAAGGCCUUCAUGUACAAGGCUUUCAACACCUUCAUCGAUGAUGUAUUUGCCUUCAUCAUCACCAUGCCGACGUCCCACCGGCUGGCCUGUUUCCGAGACGACGUGGUCUUCCUCAUCUACCUGUACCAGAGAUGGCUGUAUCCGGUGGACAAGACCAGAGUGAACGAGUACGGGGUGUCGUAUGAUGAGAAGACCAUGGGGAAGGACCACGAGGAUUAACAGCAGAGAUGAUACCAGGAGAGAUACCAGGGUGACCAGCAGCAAAGCCCUACACCCCCCUCCUCCUGGAGCAUGGGGACCAUGUCCCGCCCUCAGGGGACCACAGAGUACUGCUGCAGUCCAUCUAUCCUUCAAUCCCUCCAUCCGUCCCCCCCUCUCUCUACCUAUCCUUCCCUCCCUCUUUCCAUCUAUCCCUCGGUCCAUCCCUCCAUCCCUCAUAGCCUCCCCCAGAUCCCCACCAGCCUUCCCCAGCCACUUCAAACCCCCAAACCUCACAACCUCCAUCCGCCUGUCUUCACCAGGAUCAUGAAGCUGCAUGUCAGAACGAGGACUGAUCUUGUCUACCUUGUUACAGUGUUGACACAUGAAGGCCAUGACGUUAUGGUGCCAAACGUGGGACUGCGAUGUUUGACUCUGAACUCGACCCUGUGUUCUCUGUGUCAGUCGAACACCUUCCAUAAUAUUUGAUAUUGAUUAUGAAAUUAUGAACUUUUGUUUUUGUGUGUAAAAUUGUAUAAAUAUGACUUCAGGAAUAGUAUUAAAAGGGACCAGACGAUGAAGUGUUUUGAUUUUAUCUGGAAUUAUGGAAAUUAUUAUCAUUUGCUUAACAAUUUUUUUUGUUGGAACGGGGAUGAAAUUUAAAUAUAAUAAAAUGUCUGGUUGGUUUAAAAGUC